UUCCUUUCUUUUUUUUCCUUCGUCACGAUUCGUUCGCGAGUGAAACGUGCGCACGAUUUUGGGAUUUCGAUACGCAUUAUCAGUGACGAAAGAGAAAGAAAGAGAGAGAAAUUACUCGUGUUUAUCAGUGUGCACUGUGCCAUGGGGAUCUAGGAACACCGGUCAGGAAACGAGACGCAUGACAGACGACACCAGGCGGGCGUUAUCAGGUGAGGGUUCAGCAUCUUUCGGCGACGCGAUCGAGAGAUGUCGGAUGCCGCCGGUACGGAUAAUCCGGCAUUCGCCAACGAGGACGAGUGCGUCAACGGUUCCAAAUUGGAGAACGGCGGCCAGCAGCAAGCGGCCUUGAACCAGGAUCACAAGUCCUCGGCGGAUAAUGCGCCGGUAGAAAAUGGCCACCAACGAUCCUUCAUCUCCCAACACUACGUCGAACCCAUUAAGCCGAGCUCGGAGCCGUGUUAUAAAACGGAAACGAGAAUCGAAGUGCCGGCCGAUAACACGGAGAAGAGUGUGUCGGAACCGAAGCUUAAUGGCGUCCACGGGAAUGGCAAUAAUAACGACGCGAGUUUCCUUAACAACAGUGCUACGAGCGUACAGAUUAAUGACUCCGGAAAGAAGGAACAGAUCGAGGCCGUAAAUCUGGAACUGGUCUCGAUGAGGCCAUACACGGGCAACAAUAUUCAGACAAAGGGUCAGGAAGCCUGCGAGGUACCAGCUGAUCCUUACGAGGAGUACUUCGUGCCGGUUAACGAGCAUCGAAAGUACAUCAGCAGGGGUCCCGAGGCCGAGGUUGAAACAACCGUAGCUGGAGUGCGUUUUGAUUUGGGCCCCGGCGUCGGCCGCGAGGGACUCAGCCUGAGAGAUCCCGCCGCCGGAUUGGUCGACUAUUCCCACUGGCUGACAGCCCUCAGAGGCGAGAAACUUUACGUUACGAAGGACAAGAGGUCUAGAAAUUCGUACUGGAGAAGAAUGGCCUGGGGAUGUGCGCUGUUGGUCAUAAUAAUUGCCGUAAUCAUCGCCAUUUUGGCCGCAACUGGUGUAUUUCCAAUAUCAGCUACGGAACCCUUGGAGAACGUGGAAGAAAAUAACACACGCCAAUUUAACGAAGUGCAGGCGGCUGGAAGUCGAGAAUAUGUGAAAGAUCCGCCAUUAAGUCCACCACCUUUAACUUCGACUGUUCCACCGUGGCCUACAACUGACGAAACGCUAUUCGAAAUUGUACCAGAUGCUCUGGAUGGAACUUUGAGAUUAGAUGAUUUUAACUGGAAUGACGAUUUUAGUGAUAUCAAAUCUCGAGUAUAUAGACAAGUAAGUUCCGAAAUAGAGGAGCAUCUAGGGAACAUUCUCCGACAAGCGGGUAGCACGUCUAUAAUCAAAGUAUACGACAUCAAUAAGGAAGGAGAAAUCAGAUUCAGAAUAAGUCAUCCACCUCGGAAUAUACCUGAAGAGAGUCAAGAAUAUAUCGAAGAUGUAUUACGAAAAAAUGGUAAUAUGAUCGGAGAAUAUCAUUUAAACAGACUUCAUGUAGGAAAGCUUAUCGAUCAAUGUGAAUACGGCAAUCUUGAGUGUACCGGAAACUGUAAAUACGAUUACCCCUCUGGCACAUUUGUAUGCAUCUGUAAAUUAGGAGAAAUAUUACAUCAUGAUGGCAAAACUUGUGUGGAUGAUAGCGAUUUAAGUAAUGUCGAAAUGGAUGAUGUAAUGCCACAAUCCAGCACGGAACCAAUUGAUGAUUUUCAAGGUAGAAGCAGAGAUCCAAGCGCGAUAGACUUCGAAUCCAGACAUUCCAAUACUUGGAAAAAUACAGACUUCAAAGAUUCAGAAACAGAUACAUCAACGGCGAAGUCUAAAACAGAACACAUUAAUCCUGAGAAAUCUGACAUAUCAAUAGAACAGCAGACCGAAUUUACACCAACGACGAAACACGUUUCUGAGAAUGGUAAUUCUCAUUGGAAUCAUGAACACGUACGUCAUCACUCGAAGGAAACCACCAUUGAAUCACAAUCUCCCAUUAAAGCUUCCCAAGAGCCUUCUACUGAACCAGAAUCUACUGCUGAACCAGAACCUACCGCUGAACCAGAACCCAGUGCUGAGCCAGAACCCAAUGCUGAACCAAAACCCAGUGCUGAGCCAGAACCCAGUGUUGAGCCAGAAUCCAGUGCUGAGCCAGAACCCAGUGCUGAGCCAGAACCCAGUGCUGAGCCAGAACCCAGUGCUGAGCCAGAACCCAGUGCUGAGCCAGAACCCAGUGCUGAGCCAGAACCCAGUGCUGAGCCAGAACCUAAUGUUGAACCAGAAAUUACUGUUCCACCAGAACUUACCGUUAAAUCAGAGUCAGAGCCUACACCUAUAUUAGAAUCCGCUGCUGCACCAAAUCCUACUUCUGAACCAGAAUCCACUGUAAAACCAGAAAUUGCUCCUGAAGUCGAAUCGACUAUUGAAGCAGAAACUAUUACUGAAAGAGAAUCUACUGCAAAAUUAGUGCCUGUCACAGAAUCAGCAACUAUCAAUGAAACAAAUACUGAGGUAAAGUCAAAAACGGAGUCGCACCAUUUAACAACAGAAUCAUACUUGAAAUCAAAAACUGUAAUAUCUGAGCAACCUGAAUUCUCUGUUAAACCAAUGUCUCAUAACGAUACUUCUGAAUCAUCUACACAGGUAUCACUUUCAGAUGAUGCUAGUACAACUGAUAUACUCAAAUCUUUCAUUGAUUUAACGGAUAAAAGCGAUAAUUCCAAAAACGAUGAAACUCCCAUCACAACUGUAAAGCCUAAUAAAAAUCCAAUAGACAAUGAUACACCCUUACAAGUAAUACCUUUAACAUUUAAAGAUAUCAAUGAUAAUGUAGAAGCUAAAACAACGACAAUACAAUCUUAUAGUAAGGCUGAUGAAAUUACUGAAAGUACAAUUAUCGAAGCUGAUCUUACUACCUUAAGUUAUAAAGAUUUAAAACAAAAUGAUGAUGUAAAACCUAAAAAUCAUGAGGAAUCUGUCACAGAACAAUUUACACAAAAUCCUAAUCUUCAAAAAGAUAAAGAAAGUGACUCUACUAUAGAAACAAAUUUGAAUACAAAUUUAAGCAGUACCCAGAAUAGCAGCUCUCCAAUUAAUGAACAUGACUUAAUAACCAAGCAAAAAUCAGGCAUCGAUUUAAAUAUUUUUGAACAGACUAGUUUAACUACUGCAGCAACUACUGUGCCAGUAAAAGAAAGAACAGAAUCGACUACUAAAUUCAUGAAUAACGAUAGGCAUUCAUCGACAGGAUAUAUCCAUACAAUAGAAAUAAAUGGCAUAAGUAAUAGAAACCCAGAAACAAACAAUUAUACUAAAGUACACGAGACAACUACGAUGCCAGAAACUACUCCAACUGACAUAUAUACUCAGCCAAUACUUGGAUACCGGGAAGAACUUGUACCCGAGCCCGCAUUGCAACCAAAUACGCCAGAUUCGAACGAGAAAAAUGUCAUUGAACAUAUGCCGACGACGGUCUUUCCUAAAGUACCGGAAAAUUUUGCCCACAAUGUCGAGCCACUUAGGGAACCUAUCGUGAAAUCGGGAGACGACGAACAUAUUAUGUUGAUACCAAAAUCCGAGGAACCAAUAGAGAUACACGCGAUAAUUCCACAACUCAUUCCAGAAGCCACAAAUAAAUCUCGAACAGAAAACUCGACAACAAACGAGAAUAAAUCUGUAGAAGGUACAAUCUCGAUCGACUCAUCUACAAUGCGUUCUAAUGAGAAUAUCGUUAAUACAAGCAAUAAUAAACACGCGGCACGUCCCGAUGAAAUGCAAGAACAUUCAACGAGUCAUCCCCUUCACCCAGCGGUAUUCCCAGAAAAUUCAGUAGAUCAUUUCGCAGGAAAAUCCGACGAUCGACCGACUGAGGAUAUGUCACCAUUCUUACCGGACGUUCAUAAAGAAAAAGAAAGCUUGAAGAAACCACGCUUAGAUAAGGACGAACAAGACGCUCCUAAUCCUUUUGAAACUCAUAUCGAUGAUGUUAUAACGCAUCGGCCAUUAAUACGUAAUAAUGCAGAGAGAGUAAAUGAAACUGAAACCAAAGAUUUAUUGAAUGACGUUAAUUCCAUGAGUAAUGAAAAGAAGGUAGAUAUCACGAAGAAAACCACACAGAAUCAUGAAAUAAAUACAACAGAUAUUGUAGGCAAUAGUGCUAACACUAACAAUACAGAAUCUAAGAUUCUGGACGUAUUAUAUCAAAAUAAUUCAACAAAAUCAGUCGACAAUAAUGGAACAAAAGGUAUUACAAAUCAAGAAAACGACAAUUUCUCCGAAGAUAAAGAAUUGAAAGUGAUUCCGUUGGCAGUAGAAGAUAAGUCAGUAGAUUCAAUUUCUCAAACUACACUGCAACCUAUAGAUAAGAAAACAGAAUCUGAAAUUGUAACUUCCGCUGGAAAGAAAGUACAAGAAGUUGAAGGUAUCGCGAUAGAAAGCGGUGUGACAAGUUCAGAGAAACCAGAAGAAAAUGCUGUAGAAGAUCAUUACAAUGAUAUUACGGAUGAGACCUUGUCAAAAAGGUAUCGACACGAUAAUACCGAUAUUCCGAUUAAAAUUAUAGAGUCAUCCAAAAAAGCAGUUUUAAAAGACAUUGACCCUAAAAAGAGUUCUUAUAACGGUCCAUAUUCGUCGUUAACUACAUUUGAUGUCAUAAAGAAAAAGAACGGAACAAACGAGAAGAUACCUUCUGAUACAACACAAAGUCCGAUGGUUACGAAAACCGAUGGCGUUGUAAACAAUCAAAUGGAAGAUGGUAGAUUGACCACACAAGAACCUGUAUUGCCUAUAGAAAUUCAACAGGAAAUGUCCACGACAACCGACAAAGUUGAAAUCACCACCGUAAUCGAUAACGGAAAACAUGAAGAGAACAAUACGGAACCGCCGAACGUUGGUCAAUCCGAUGAGAAAGAAGCUAUUGCAGCACAAAUAACAACAACUCAAGUUACGCUGGAAACUAAGACUACAGCUCAGAUCCCAAUUUUGCCCGAGGAGCUACAAACGACAGAAAGCAAUGUAUUAUCAACAACAUUGAGUGAAGAGAUAUCGAGUGAAGACAAGAAAAUGGAAACUAUUAACAAAACAGUUUCAACAGAUGAUGCGAACAAUACAACGAGAGAAAACGAAACAGAGAAAGAGAAUGUUACCAGCAACGUAAUGGAUACGUCGGAAAGAAGCAUGGCAGCGACUACGAUGUACGAGAGUAACGUCAGCUUAGGAACUGGCCGGAAAAUAGAAUAUGAUAAAAAUGGGCAGGCAAUUGAAAGUGCUACGGAAAGCAUAAAAAUUGAAACUACUCCUAUGACGUCUACAACGGGAAAAUAUAUUGUGAGCGACGUAGACGGAACCUCGCCUACGCCUAACGAUGUCACCACCACGGAAGAUGUCAGACCAGUCACGGAAAUGCUGGACGACACGGAACCAAUGAUUGAUUACAGAAUGUUAUUCACCACGGUUCCGCCAAAACCGAUAUUAAUUGAUCCGGAAGUGUCUGAAGAAGCGCUCAGAGUGAUACCGCUUGAAAAAAAUCCGGAAAGCAAAAAAAAACCAAUUGACAAGAAAGGAUUCGAUAAAUACAAAUACAAAAAAGAAAAGGACCUGAGUUUGGAGGAUCAGAAUGAAGACAACGUUUUAACGGAAAGGUUCGAUCAGACCAUACUUUCCCAAACAGAACCAUCGACAAUUACGACUGCAGACCGUGAGGAAUUGCAUGACAGUGUGGUAAGCUCGGAUAUAGACCCGAAUGUACCCAGAUUUACCGUAGCUGACAAGGAAGGCAAUAUUGUACCAAUAUCGAAAUGGAAAGAUACAGCGUCUAAAAGCGAAAAUAAGGAUGCGGUUGCAGAGAUGAAGCCCAAAAAUUAUCCUAGCUUUAUACCGGUAUCGGAAGAGAUAAUAGAAUCAGUACCGGUUACGGAGCCUUACGUAAUCAUACGAAAUUAUACUCGUCCCAUGAUCAUAUCGAACGAUACAGAAAAAAUGUCUGCAAAUGAGACGAUAGUCGAAGGUCAAAUUAAUACAAAAGCAAACGAACCGACUGGGCAAAACGCCACCUUUUUUGAUCAAUUAUUCAGCGACCAUGAAGAAGCGGAAGUAGAUCGUGUCACGGAAGAAUCAACUACGCAAACUUCAACGAUGAAAGCGGAGAUCGAGAAUACCACCGCUAGCAGUCCUACGGAAUUUCCGUUUCCUGGGAGUCUCUCGAAAUGCUCCACAGGCCAAUUUCAGUGCGUUAACGGAACGUCUAGGAACGGUGCGUAUUGCGUACCACAGUCCGCCAAAUGCGACUCCGAAAAUGAUUGUUCCGACGGCUCGGAUGAAUGGAACUGCGAGGUAGAAAAUUGUUCGAGUAAUUUCCGCUGCGCCAAUGGGCAUUGCCUGAAGAGGCACCUUGUUUGCAACAAGAUCGUGGAUUGCGACGAUGGCAGUGAUGAACACAACUGUGAGAACUGGCAGUGUCAGUCUGAAGAAUUUAGAUGCCCAAGUGGAAGAUGCAUUCCGGGAUUAUGGCAGUGCAAUGGUCGGUCCGAUUGUGAAGAACAUCAGGACGAGUACAAUUGCACGGAAACUUGCGGAAACAAUGAGUAUCUAUGCCCAACGGAAAAGUGGUGCAUCCCACAUGCGUGGUACUGCAACGGAGUUGCCGAUUGCGUUAAUGGGGAAGACGAAAAGUUAUGUGAUUGUAUCCUAGAUCAAUUCAAGUGUCAAACCGGCGGCGGAUGCAUCCCCCGGAACCAGGUCUGCGACGGCAUCGAGAAUUGUCCGGAUCAUUCGGACGAAUGGAGUUGCCUAAUCGCCAAUAUUACUGCGGAUCAAAAUCUCACUAACGCAGAAACGGAUAGCAACACGGCGAGCGAAGCGAAUCGCGUGCCAUUUUUGAAGAUAAGACAAUAUGAUGGCGACUAUCAACUAGUGUGCUCGGACGGAUGGAGCGAAGAAUUCAGCGAUUCCUAUUGUCAUGCUUUGGGAUUCGCCGGAUCUGACGAGACAAUCGAAUCGUUCGCUUGGGAUAGAAGCCAGAAAAUUCUAAGACUGAAGACAAACCCUAAUUAUCACCUGCCGCUAGUCACGAACUUAGAGGAAAUGGGAUUUUGCGUAUCAGACAAGGUCAUACAAGUGUCGUGUCAGAAAUUCAAUUGUGGUCUGCAUAACACGGACGAAUCGAUCGCGAGAUCAACAGAUGACACUCCUAAGCAAUGGUCUAAUAUAGCUUUGUUGAAACAAUCGGAAGAAGGGACCGUUUGUACAUCCAGUAUACUCGGUCCUAUGCACGCACUAACUAGUUAUUCCUGCAUCAGUAAACACAAAGAAAACAGUGGAUGGCAGCUUUUUGCUGGUGGAAACAUGUUAAAAGGAAACGCCGUUAAAAACAUCAUCCCCUAUCCUCGAGUGAAAUAUAAUCAGUUCCUCUACAAUAACGACAUCGCUCUAAUCGAAUUAAGAGAGCCGUUAAUAUUUUCCAAAAAUGUUAGCGCCGUAUGUCUUCCCAGACAGUCGAUCCAGCCGGAGCAGACUUGCGUAACGGUAGGAUGGACAUUCCCUAGGAAUGGAGAAGUGAAUUUACAACAGAUUCUUAAAUUCAUACAUGUUCCGAUGAAUAAUUCCGAGAAGUGUAACGCCGCGAGUCAUUAUGCAGGAUUCCUCACGAAACAUGAUAUAUGCAUAAAUAAAGAUCCUUGUUACUAUGACAAAGGAACGUCGCUGAUGUGUGCCAGAGAAUUGCAGAAUGCUUCGGAAAGAUGGGAAAUCCAGGGAUUAUUAAGUUAUCAUACAGAAUGCUUGGGGAGUCGUCCAGCCAUUUACUCGAGCUUAGAACCAGCGCUCCCUUGGUUGCGCGAAACAGUGCCAGCUUUGCAGACGCAAAGCUAAAUCAUUGUCAUAACAAUUUAUCGAGGAUAAGAAGCCGGUACUUCAUGUUAGACAAGAGAAUCACACAGUUUUAAUAAAAAAAAUAUGAUAGUGAUUUUCUCUCUAUACAGCGUGUUUGAGAAGUAAUGAA